UGAUUGGUCCAGGCCUGAAAAACAGCCUUCAGGAUCUAGAAUGUUGUACAGGCCUUGCAUUCGCACCAUGAGAAAUAUAACCUAAUUUAAUAAUACGACUGCGGAAAUACUGUUCAAACCGGAAAAGUGGAAUUAAAACAAGACAGUAGUGACUUGAUUUGGUGUUUCUCCUCCCUAGCUGAUUAAAAAAAACAUAACACUUCCCUGAUGGUUUGAGAGCUCAAAAUCAAAUAUGGAGUGGUGAAAUACUGUCAUUAGCAAUGUGUUUUUAAUCUUUCAGUAUUAACAUGUUGUUAAAGCUUUAAUGUCACAUGAACGAGUACAGUGAAAUGUCUUUCUUGCAAGCUCCAAACGCAACAAUGCAUUAUUCAAUGUUAAUGUUUAUUCAGCAUUGAAUCAGUGUUGAGACAUUUGUAAUGAGUUAUGCAUUGACAGAGGUCCUAAUUGAUCUGAUAUAAUUAGAUCAACUUAAUCAUUUACAUUACAUUUACGUCACUUAUCAGACGCUGUUAUCCAGAGCGAAUUACAGUUAGUGCAUUCAUAGCUAGGUUGGACAGUCAUAGUAAGUCCUCUAUAAAGUAGCAACCAGCAAAGUCAGAGCUAGUAAGAACAAUAAAAGAAUCCUCCACGUUUGUGUUGGUAGCAGACAGGAUAAAAAGAGAAUGGACCACGGUGGAGGGGUCUUGAACUUUCAGAUGCAAGACUCAAAGAUGCCACACACAAUGAUAAUGCAGGAUUUUGGUAUGGCCCACAUUGACGGUGAUCACAUUGUGGUUUCUGUGCCAGAGGCGGUGCUGGUGUCAGAUGUGACUGACGAGGAGGGAAUCGUGUUUGAGCAUGACCUGGGGUCAGAGGUUGUAGAGGGGCCAGACAUCUGCUGCAGCGACGAUCCUGACGGCAUAAUCAUGACCGAGUCGGUCCUGGGGGCCGAGGUCGCCAUUGAGGACGUGCUGGAUUCUGACCACCAUCACCAUGUGCUGACAACAGAUCUCAUAGAGGAAUCUGAUAGGGUUCCUGACCAGGUGUUUGAAAUUGUCACGGAGGAGGUCAUGGUCUCCAACUGCAACUCAGAGACGUAUGUGGAGGAGCAGGAGGAGAUUGAAGACUCUGCAGUCACCAUCCAGGAGCCAGACGACGAUGCUGGAGAGAGCGUCUCCGAGGACUACCUGAUGAUCUCCUUGGACGAUGUUGGGGAGAAGUUGGACAUGGAGGACACGCCCCUGAAGAUGGGUUCUGAGGUGAUGGAGGAUGGCUCCAAAGAGGGUGACUAUGACUCUGAGUGCAUCAAAGUCUACAUCUUCAAGGCAGAGGCUGAUGAUGAUAUAGGUGGCACAGAGAUUGUAGCUGAGAGCGACUUCCACAACGGUCACGCAGUGCUGGAGACUGGGGGCAUUGGCAAGCUGUCUCGAGAGAAGAUGGUCUACAUGGCAGUGAAAGACCCAUCGCAGGAGGAUUCAGAGAUCAACUGCACUGAGAUGGCAGAUGAGGUGUACAUGGAGGUGAUAGUGGGAGAGGAGGAUGCCCCUGCCAUCCAGGACUCACUGGAUGACUCCAGCCACAAUAAGACCUUCGGCACUGUAGCCUGGGCUGCAGCUUAUGGUAACAGUCUGGACUCCAGGCUGGAGAACAAGACCAACACAGGGACACAUUACCUGAAGAUCAGCGACAGCCUGAGUACAAGUAGAGCUCUCAAACAGAAGAUCAAGAAAAAGAAAAAGGGAGAAACACGUCAGUGUCAGACAGCUGUGAUCAUUGGUCCAGAUGGCCAGCCUCUGACUGUGUACCCCUGCCACAUCUGCGGGAAGAAGUUCAGAUCGCGAGGCUUCCUGAAGAUCCACAUGAAGAACCACCCCGACCACAUCUUCAAGAAGAAGUACCAGUGCACAGACUGCGAUUUCACCACCAACAAGAAGGUCAACUUCCACAACCACCUGGAGGGCCACAAGCUCAUAGUGAAGAAUGACCGGGUCCCAGAGUUCACUGAGGUCACGAGGCGUUACUGUGUGGAGAGCCCACUCAGCUCCAAUAAGCUCAUCCUACGUGACCAGGAGCCCAAGCUGCACCACUGUAAGUACUGUGACUAUGAGACAGCCGAGCAGGGCCUUCUCAACCGCCACUUGCUGGCUGUCCACAGCAAGAGCUUUGCCCAUGUGUGUGUGGAGUGUGCUAAAGGUUUCCGCCACCCCUCUGAGCUCAAAAAGCACAUGAGGACCCACACGGGUGAGAAGCCCUACCACUGCCAGCACUGUGAGUUCUGCUGUGCAGACCAGUCUAACCUGAAGACCCAUAUAAAGAGCAAGCACGGAGCGGAGCUGCCCUUCAAGUGUGGCCACUGUCCCCAGGCCUUCUCUGACGAGCGGGAGCUGCAGAAGCACAUGGAGAUAUUCCAGGGCCACAAGACGCACCAAUGUCCGCACUGCGAGCAUAAGAGCACCAACUCCAGCGACCUGAAGCGCCACAUCAUCUCCGUGCACACUAAGGACUUCCCUCACAAGUGUGACGUGUGUGAGAAGGGCUUCCACCGGCCCUCGGAGCUGAAAAAACACACAGAGACUCACAAAGGUGCCAGGCUGCACCAAUGCCGCCACUGUGACUUUAAGACCCCAGACCCCUUCAUACUCAGUCGCCACAUCCUGUCCGUCCACACCAAAGACUUGCCCUUUAAGUGCAAGCGCUGCCGACGGGGCUUCAGGCAUCAGCUGGAACUGAAGAAGCACAUGAAGACCCACAGUGGACGGAAAGUGUACCAGUGCCAGUACUGUGAGUACAGCUCCUCUGACGCUUCUGGUUUCAAACGGCACGUCAUAUCCAUCCACACCAAGGACUAUCCCCACCGCUGUGACUACUGCACUAAAGGCUUCCGUAGGCCCUCUGAAAAGAGCCAGCACAUUGCGCGGCAUCACAAGGAUGUUUUAAUGUAAAGUGCUUCUUCACACACCCUUUCCCAUAUUCAGAACAAUAUGAUUCUCACUCACUAUAGAGCAGGGAAUUACAAUUAUUUCAAUGUGAUAAAUAAAGGAUGACAAUUGUCACAUUUUCCUCGAACUGCAUUAGUAAUUUAUUAACUUGUCCUCACAUCACCAUUAAUACUCAAACCUGGGGUGCUAUUCAAACAAACCUCAAGUCAGAUAAAUCCUGAAUCAGAACACUGCUUGAAAGCAUACAUUUUCUCAGUAGUAUGCUUGUCUGGGUUGUUGGAAUAGCACACCACUUGUCAUAUGCAGUAUCAGUGGUAAGAUAACUCUGUAAUUUAUCUGUUGACUGUAUUCUCACUGUUGACCUUGGGGUAACCAUUAUCUGACAAGUCAUUGUAUGAUUUUUAGUAAUGUUACUGCUAGCAAAUUGUGAAAAACAUACAUUUAAAGACCCAGUUCUAAUUUCAAACAUAAACAGUCAUCUGUAUCAGUUUUCUCUGUAUUCAAAAGCAUGAAAAGGGGAUGUGGACAACCCAGCUUUUUACUUCUAUUUGUCCUUUGAAAUAAUCGCUUGUCAAACAAUCAGGGGUUUUAAUUUGUCCCAUGUGUGCACUGGUAAAAUCAUGUUGCUCAAAGCCAAUAACAUGUUUACUAUCAGGAAUGUCUCAUGUAUCAGAUCCAAAUCAGUGUUAUCUAUUCUCUGUCUGUCAACUGAAAUAUUAGGAGCUUUAGUAAAUAAAGACAUCUCCUGAUGAAUUGUUCACCUCAACCUAUUACUUUCAUUCACUCUAUUUGCCAUCAUUCAGUAACAAAGAAUGUACCAACAAGUGGAUUUGUGUUAAGAUGACAGUGUUUUGCAUCUUACAAUAAGGGCGCCUACUGACACCAAGUUAUCCAAUGAUUGACCUAGAGGUGAAAUUAAGAUUGUAUUUUGUUUAUUGAUUUAAAAUGAUUAACAUCUGAUUUGUAGAAAAUAAAUGUUCUUUUUGAAAGCAUC